ACAAUAAACUUGAAAAAAAAAAAAUUCAAAUACAUUGUGCUACCAAAAAAAGGGCUGAGGAGUCGUAAGCAGCUGUCCAAACAAAAAGCUGCUCGCACGGUCUUUCAUAUCACCGCCACCAGAGCCACCACCUCCUCAGCUUCCCUGAUUGUUCGUUGAAUUCUAAAUAAGUAGAGAAAAAAUAAAAAAAAAAGUUCAUUGAACACAUCUCUGAAAUCCCAAACGGAACUUUAACCUAAUCUGGCCUCAAUUCAACCGUUUUCAACUGGAGAAAGAAAAUAGAAGAAAAACCAAAUAUACCAAAUAUCACCCCUUUCAGUUCCCACCCACAACAAUGACAGAGACGCCCUUCGCAAAACUCCCUGACGACGUCGUUCUAAACAUUUUCUCCAAGCUCGAACACCACCCCAAAAGCUGGGCUUCUCUCGCUUGCGUCUGCGCAAAAUUCUCCUCCCUAAUACGGAACACCUGCUUUAAACAAAAAUGCUCCAAAACCAUCCCCGCCGUCUGCUCCGAUCUCCUCUCCUCAUCGUCCUCCCCACCCGGCGGCUGGGCCUCCCUCCACAAGCUGUCUGUCUGCUGCCCUGGCCUUCUCCACGCCGGCGUCAUUCUAGAGAACUCCUGUUUCGGCCUCGAACACCAGCUUGUCCCCGACGAUAAUUAUCACAAGCCAGCCAAUUCCCAAGACUCAACGCCGUCCACCAAGCCCUGUUCCAGCAGAACUGUAGCGACUUCAAAUCCGGAUCCGGAAGUGGACGUUCCUGGGUGCGAUUGUUCCUGGUCACUUUUCGAAGAUCUCUAUUACGACACCGUUUAUAACGCAUCCGAUUCGACAGAGGGCUAUCCUGAGGAAACAACCGAUAAUGCACCAACUAAAAUUUGGCGUGAAUUUUCCGUUUGUAAAAGAAGGAAGAUUUAUAGAUCACUGAGGUCCCAUUUAGCAACCGGUGCUUGGAACUUAAGCCGAGAACAAGGAAAUAAGUUAUUAGCGAGCCGUUUUCGAGGCGAUUGCUUAUACAUUAGCGAUUGGCCGGGAUGCGUUCACACAGAGGAGAAGCGAAAUUACAUGCUUUUCAGAGGCAUCUUCAAGAAUUUCAAGAAAUCUCGGGUUUGGAAGACGUUAAAUGAUGGGAACAGAAGCAAGAUUGAUCUGAAUUGCUCGUUUUGCUCAUGCAAAGACACUUGGGAUUUGCAUUCUGCUUUCUGUUUGAGGCGGGUUUUCGGGUACCAUGACGACGGUGAGCCUGUUGUUCGAGCUUAUGUUUGUGAGAAUGGACAUGUUUCUGGUGCUUGGACUGAUUUGCCUUUAUACACUUAAAAGAGAAGAGAGUGUAUCACAUCAAAAUUACUAUUUUGAAGAGAACCUUUCUCCUGGAAGCAAUGUUUCUGACCGAAUAUGAAAAGUUGUCAAGUAGCUCAUGGUAGGGAGGCAAAGGGCAGGAAUGGGGAACUCAUGCAACCAUUUA